UCAGCGUUGGCAGUAAAUUUAGUACACAACUGUUCACAGCCUGAUAAGUGAACGAGGAUUGAAGAAUAAUAUUAGACAAUUUCAAAGUUGUUCAGAAUACGAACGAUUUGGUGUGAUUCGGAUUAGCAGCUACAUAAUCUAAUUGUAUUACGUCCUAGUUACCGUAAUCGAGGGAUGUCAGUAACAAUGACAGCCAAGCUUCAAGACGACAUGAAUAGUAUACCUCUAGCGGAUGACGAUCCACAAGUAAUAAUACCAGAAGAAGAAAUCUUGGAUAAUGCAUCACAUAUAUCUGAUCCGUUAGGCAGAGGACGCAGUAUGGAAUCUAUACCAUCGACAUUUACUAACGGCAGCUGUAGUCCUAACAGUUUAGAUCCUGAUAUUAGUCCAGACGAGCAAGAAGAGAAAGCUAGAUUGAUUGCACAAGUUCUUGAAUUACAAAAUACUUUGGAUGAUCUGUCACAGAGAGUGGACAGCGUAAAGGAAGAGAAUCUCAAGUUGAGAAGUGAGAAUCAAGUUCUAAGCCAGUACAUUGAAAAUUUAAUGUCAGCAUCGAGUGUGUUUCAGUCAACAAGUCCUAAUACCAAAAAGAAGUAAACCAUACCAUAUUAAUUAAAUAAUUACACAGUUUAUAAAAAUAACUCACAGUGAUCUUAAAGUAACUGUGAUUUAUUUGAAUAUUAGAAAGUAUAUGCUUGUAUAUAUUUAAUUCUGAUUUACAUUUAUCAAA